ACCAACAUGCAUUUUCACAUGUCUUCGUUUUCGGAAAGUACAGCUUUGGGAUAUUUGAAACAAAGCGCCAUUGAGUUCGUCAAUUACAACAAGCGCCAGCUUAGCCGGAUAUACCCAAAGGGCGGCCGCGUAGACUCGAGCAAUUUCUUACCUCAGAUAUUCUGGAACGCAGGCGUUCAGAUGGUGGCGCUCAAUUUUCAGACACCGGAUCUUGCGAUGCAGCUGAAUCAAGGAAGAUUCGAAUAUAACGGAAACUGUGGCUAUCUGCUGAAGCCGGAUUUCAUGCGUCGUCCUAAUCGGAAUUUCGAUCCCUUUUCGGAAUCUCCCGUCGACGGUGUGAUAGCUGCCUACUGCUCGGUCAGGAUCAUCUCCGGACAGUUCUUGUCGGAUCGUAAGAUCGGCACGUUCGUUGAAGUGGAGAUGUACGGACUGCCAACAGACACGAUCAGGAAAGAGUUCAGGACGAAGAUGGUUCCUGCAAACGGCCUUAAUCCAGUGUACAACGAGGAGUCGUUCGUCUUUCGAAAGGUAUGA